AUGGGUCGUUUUACCCACGGGCCUUUCAACCCGCGGGUAAAUAUAGUGGGACUGCCCGUGGGUAAUUCGGGUUUACCCAAACUACCCACGGGUAGUUUUGGGUACUACCCAUACGGGUACCCGCGGGUAUUACCCAACCCUAUAUACGUCGACGAGGUCUGCAUCAAGAGUAUCGUAGCGAGAUUACACGGGGGGAAGUUGAUAGGAUUUCAGUGGUGUUUGAGUAGCACGGGAAGUGUCGUUAUCGUCAAUGGCCUGCAUCAAGAUCAUACGCCAGAAGAAAAGGACGACGCAGACGAUGAUGAAGAGGAGGAGGACGACGAAGGCUACAUGGAAGUCGAUGGUAUAACUCAUUACGAUGUUGGCUGGGCGUAUAUCGGGGUGCUUGGCUAUGCGGAGUUAUACUCGAACCUGGGCUCUGGCGGCUCGCACGGCCAGAUUUGGGACGGUAUGGUGUAUCGGGGCCGUCGCCCUGAACGAGAUCCCGAGCCCGAUUACGACUACGGCCGUCCAUUGUCUGAAGUAGAACGUGGUGCGAAAUACGGGCAACGUAUUAAGAAAUAA